UGAAUUUUGUUUUUUUUGCCAUAAUCGAUAUUCUAGUAAAAAGAUUUGUAGGGAAUUAAAGUACUAGAGAUUCAAUUAAUUUAUAAGAUUUUUUUUAUAUCAUCCUGAUAGAGAAGUGGGCGGGAUAUAAAUACCUCGAACUUCGAAAAAAUAUAAUCAUUAGUGAAAUAAAAUUAAUAUGAAGAAGUUUAUAAUUGUUCUUUUGAGUUUAACUUUGGUUUUUGCACUACCAAUAAACGAAGUCGAUGAUAGCUUAGAAGAAGAUGAAUCUGAUGAUGACGGAUGGUUUGUUCCACAAAAGGAUGGAUCACUAAAAUGGAUGACCGAGGAAGAAGCUCAGAAGGAAGCACAAGCCCUGCAAAUGUCAAGGAAAAAGUCAAAGGAAGCUAUAGUCAAAUUUUAUUUGUACACUCAGGACUCUCCCAAUAAACCUAAACAAAUAGAUAUUGGGGACCUCAAAAAAUUGCAAAAGUCAUCUUUUAACAGUGAGAAUCCAACAAGAAUAAUCAUUCAUGGCUGGCUAAAUAACUAUAAAUCCGAUGUGAAUACAGAAAUCCGUGAAGCCUUUUUGAGCAUAUCUGAAUUUAAUGUGAUUUCUGUGGAUUGGAGUGACAAAGCCGAUCAUUAUAAUUAUAUUUCUGCUACUGUGGCAAUUCCCGAAAUUGGUCAGAGAGUUGCUCAUUUGAUUGAAUUCCUUCGCGAUGAAGGAAAUGUGAAAAAUGAGGAUUUAAUAGUUAUUGGUCAUAGUUUGGGAGCUCAUGUAGCUGGAUUUGCUGGCAAGCUAGUUGAAGGAGAACAAAUUCACACUAUCAUUGGCUUAGAUACUGCUUUUCCUCUGUUCAAGUACAACAACUGUGAUGAACGCUUGUGCAGUACAGAUGCAAUGUACGUUCAAUCAAUUCACACAAAUGGAAGAUUAUUGGGAUUCAUCCAUCCAAUUGGUAAGGUGGCAUUCUAUCCAAAUGGCGGUAAAACGCAGCCAGGAUGUGGACUUGAUAUCUUUGGAACGUGUUCACAUUCGAGAGCUUAUAUUUAUUAUGCCGAAUCAAUAAGACAGAAUUUUUUGGGUCUUAAGUGUGACGAUUGGAAAACUGCUGUAAAGAAGGAAUGUUUGGCUGGUGGUCAUGAAACAGUGGCAGGAUUUAGUAAUUCUUAUAAUUACAUGAAGCUAGAUGGUACAUUUUAUUCACCUGUAGACAAAAAGGCACCAUAUAAUUUGCUAACCAAAUUUUAA